AUGGAGGGCCAGAAGCCUGCUGCUAAGUACGCGCUGUCCUCAUCCUACGCUUCGCACACUCUUAGCCAGGACCCGGACGCCAGGAAACGCAAGAUCACAGACAAGAACCUGCCAAAUGCACUGCUGCAGUCCCCAGAGUUCGCCGAGGAUUCCGCGAUGUACCGCGACCUCCUGCAGAUGGAGCGCAAGCUCGACUGGACGAUGACGCGCAAGCGCGUGGAGGUGCACGACGCGCUGCAGCGUAUCAUCCCUGCUACGCGCACGCUGCGGAUAUUCCUCAGUCACACCGUCUCAGGUCAGGCCUGGCAGCGCGAAGGUCUGGAGGGUGACGCAGCAAAACCGAACCUGGAGACAGGAGAGAACAUUCCCGCGUGGCAGCUCAAGAUAGAUGGUCGAGUGCUGGAGAUCCCAAACCAGAGAGCCAAAGACCGCGUGCCACCGCGGAAGUUCUCUACUCUCAUCAAACAUAUGAUUGUGGAACUCGACAGGGACACCACGCUCUACCCCGAUGGUAAUAUCGUGGAGUGGAUACGAUCUCCCAACCAACCAGCGCAAGAUGGGUUUACCAUUCGUCGGAAAGGUGAUACCCCCACGAAGGUUCGGAUAGUGAUGCAUCUGGAACAGCAGCCAGAGCAAUACAAGGUUCAUCCUGAACUUGGCAACGUUCUGGGAGUGAAGGAGGACUCUCGAACGGGCGUGAUCCAGGCAUUGUGGAAUUACAUCAAGACGCAAAAUCUCCAGGACAAGGUCGACCGCCGCGUCGUUCGCGCGGACGCGCGUCUCCGUCCGAUCUUCAACGCGGACACUGCAUACUUCCAGCAUCUGCCGGAGCUUGUGAACCGGUUCCUGUUGCCCCCCGAUCCCAUCGUGCUCCACUACACACUCAAUCCCAACCUACCGCCACCUGAGAAACCCAGCGCGUGGGACGUCGAGGUAAAGGUCGACGACUCGAACUUGAAGGCGCGCAUGCAGCACGUUGUUGUGAGCAUGGCGCAGGACUCCGCUCGCGACCUUACCAAACUCGACGAGGAGAUCGCACUGCACAUCCAGUCACUCAACAACGCCCACAUGAAGCGCACGUUCCUGCGCGGGUUCGCGGACGACCCCCGCGGGUUUGUCCAGACGUGGCUCGCGUCACAGUCGCGCGACCUCGAGAGCGUGCUGGCGAGCGGCGCGAGCGAAGGCGCGACGGUGCGCCAGGAGGACCUGAAGCGCACGGAGUUCUUCCGGCUGCCCUGGGUCGAGGAGGCGGUCGCGAUCCAGGAGGGCAUGCGGCUGGCGUCGAAGUCGGGUAUUUGA